ACUGUUCAUGCUGCUGUCACAUCCAGCAGAUGAAGUCCUCUACAUUUCUCUUCAAAACAUUUGGGACUUUUCACAAAAUCAUAGAAAAUUUACCUUUUUUCUCCUGGGAGCUAAAGAUAUUUUAGAGAACAGUUACACUUUUAUUUCUGCUGUAGAACAUUUUCUAGCAAUAAGAGCCAUGCAAAUAGAACUCUCUAGCUGCUUCUUUCUGUGCCUUUUACAAUUCAGCUUUAGUGCCAUCCGAAGAUAUUACCUGGGUGCUGUGGAACUCUCCUGGGAUUAUAUGAAAAGUGACCUGCUCAGUGAGCUGCAUGUUGACACAAGAUUUCCUCCUAGAACACAAAGAUCUUUUCCGUUCAAUACCUCGGUCAUGUAUAAAAAGACUGUGUUUGUAGAGUUCACGGAUCACCUUUUCAACAUUGCCAAGCCCAGGCCACCCUGGAUGGGUCUGCUGGGUCCGACCAUCCAGGCUGAGGUUUAUGACACAGUGGUUAUUACACUUAACAACAUGGCUACUCAUCCUGUCAGUCUUCAUGCUGUUGGUGUAUCUUACUGGAAAGCUUCUGAGGGAGCUGAAUAUGAUGAUCAGACUAGCCAAAGGGAGAAAGAAGAUGAUAAAGUCUUUCCUGGCGAGAGGCAUACCUAUGUAUGGCAGGUCUUGAAAGAGAAUGGUCCAAUGGCCUCUGAUCCACCAUGUCUCACCUACUCAUAUCUUUCUCAUGUGGAUCUGGUAAAAGACCUGAAUUCAGGCCUCAUUGGAGCUCUGCUGGUAUGUAGAGAAGGGAGUUUGGCCAAAGAAAGAACACAGAUGUUGCACCAAUUUGUACUGCUUUUUGCUGUAUUUGAUGAAGGGAAGAGCUGGCACUCAGAAACAAAGGGCCCCUUGACACAGGAUAUGGAUUCUCCACCUGCUGGGCCCUUGCCUAGAAUGCACACAGUCAAUGGCUACGUAAACAGGUCUCUUCCAGAUGGCAUGGAAGCUUACAUCAAAGUAGACAGCUGCCCAGAGGAACCUGAACUACGGAUGAAAAAUAACAAAGAGGAAGAAGAAUAUGAUGAGUAUCUUGAUUCUGAAAUGGAUGUGUUCAGGUUUGAUGAUGCCAAUUCUUCUUCCUUGAUCCAAAUUCGCUCCGUUGCCAAGAAGCAUCCUAAAACUUGGAUACAUUAUAUUGCUGCUGAGGAGGAGGACUGGGACUAUGCCCCAUCAGUCCUCACCUCCAAUGACACAAGUUAUAAAAGUCAAUAUUUGAAUAAUGGUCCUCAGCGGAUUGGUAGGAAGUACAAAAAAGUCCGAUUUGUGGCAUACACAGAUAAAACGUUUAAGACUCGUGAAACUAUUCAGUAUGAAUCAGGAAUCUUGGGACCUUUACUUUAUGGGGAAGUUGGAGACACACUAUUGAUUAUAUUUAAGAAUCAAGCAAGCCGGCCAUAUAACAUCUACCCUCAUGGAAUCACUGAUGUCAGUCCUUUAUACUCAGGGAGAUUGCCAAAAGGUGUAAAACAUUUGAAGGAUUUGCCAAUACUGCCAGGAGAAAUAUUCAAGUAUAAAUGGACAAUAACUGUAGAAGAUGGGCCAACUAAAUCAGAUCCUCGAUGCCUGACCCGAUAUUACUCUAGUUUCAUUAAUCUGGAGAGAGAUCUAGCUUCUGGGCUCAUUGGCCCUCUUCUCAUCUGCUACAAAGAAUCUGUAGAUCAAAGAGGAAACCAGAUGAUGUCAGAUAAAAGAAAUGUCAUCCUGUUUUCUGUAUUUGAUGAGAACCAAAGCUGGUACCUCACAGAGAAUAUGCAGCGCUUUCUCCCCAAUGCAGUAGAAGUACAGCUCCAGGAUCCAGAAUUCCAAGCCUCCAAUGUCAUGCACAGUAUCAAUGGCUAUGUUUUUGAUAGCUUGCAGUUGUCAGUUUGUUUGCAUGAGGUGGCAUAUUGGUACAUUCUAAGUGUUGGAGCACAGACCAACUUCUUAUCUGUCUUCUUCUCUGGAUAUACCUUCAAACACAAAAUGGUUUAUGAAGACACACUUACUCUAUUCCCAUUCUCAGGAGAAACUGUCUUCAUGUCGAUGGAAAACCCAGGUCUGUGGGUUCUGGGAUGCCACAACUCAGACUUUCGAAACAGAGGCAUGACAGCCUUACUGAAGGUUUCUAGUUGUGACAGGAACAUUGGUGAUUAUUAUGAGAACACAUAUGAAGAUAUUCCAACAUAUCUGAUUAGUGAAAACAAUGUUAUUCAACCGAGAAGCUUCUCCCCAAAUUUAAGGCAUCUGAGCCCUAGGAAGCAAUUCAAAGCUAUCUCAAUACAAGAAAAUGACAUAAAGAAGAUUGACCCUCAGUUUGAAGAAGAGAGAACAGGGAUCAUCAAAGUACAAAGUGUCUCCAGUGAUUUUUUGAUGCUCUUGGGACAAAGUCCUACUCCACGUGGGUUAUCCUUAUCUGAUCUUCAAAAAGCCACAUAUGAGACUAUUCCUGAUGAUUAUUCACCUGGAGCAACCGACAGUAAUGAAGGUCUAUCUGAAGUGGUACACCUCAGGCCUGAGCUCCACCAUGAUGAAGACAUAGUAUUUACUCCUGAUCCAGGUCUCCAAUCAGGAUCAAAUGAGAAUUUGGGAACAACUGUAGCAGUAGAUUUGAAGAAAUUUAAUUCAAAAGUUUUGGGUUCUCCAAAUAAUCUAUCAGAAAAUUUGGCAGCAGGUCCUGAAAAGACGAAUUCCUUAGGAACCCCAAAUAUGCCAGUUUACUUUAGUAGUCAGUUAAGUUACAUUUUAUUUGGUACAAAGUCAUCUCCCAUUACUGGGUCUGGUGUAUCUCUGAGCUUGAGUGAAAGAAAUGAUUCCAAGUUGUUGGAAGCAGAUUUAAUGAAUAGUAAAGAAAACUCACUGGGAAAAAAUGUAUCAUUAAUGAAGAGUAAAGGAUUACUUAAAAAGAAAAUAAUUCACACACCUUCUUUGUUGACCAAAGAUAAUGCUUCUUCGUUGACCAAAGAUAAUGCUUUAUUUAAAUUUAAUAUUUCUUUGAUAGAAGCAAACAAGACAUCUAAUAAUUCAAUAUUGAAUGGAAGAAAUUACCCUGACAGCCCAACGUUCUUAAUUGAGAAUAGUACAUCUGCCUGGCAAGACACUGUAUUAGAAAGCAAUACUGGUCUUCGAGAAGUGACAUCUUUGAUCCAAGACAAAAUGCUAAUAAUGCACAAAAAUAAUCCAGCUUUGAGGCUAAAUUAUGUGUCAAAUAAAACUACUCCAUUAAAGAAUAUGGAAAUAGGUUACCAAAAAAGGGUGGGGCCUGUGCUACAAGAUUCAGAAAAUCCAGAUAUGUCAUUCUUUAGGAUGCCAUUCUUGCCAGAGUCAGCAAAUUGGCAGCAAAAGACCCAUGCAAAGAACUUCUUGAAUUCUGGACUGAAGCAAUUAAUAUCCUUAGCAUCAAAAAAGUCUGUAAAAGAUCAAAAUUUCUUGUCAGAGAAAAAUAAAGUAGUAAUAACAGAAGAUGAAUUUACAAAGGACACAGAACUCAAAGAGAUGAUUUUUCCAAGAAACAGGACCAUAUUUCUUACUAACUUGACACAUGUACAAGAAAAUGAUACACACAAUCAAGAAAAAAAAUUUCAGGAAGAUAUAGAAAAGAACGAAGCAUUAAUUCAAGAGAAUGUAGUUUUGCCUCAGGGGUAUACAAUGACUGGCAAUAAGAAUUUCCUAAAGAACCUUUUCUUACUGAGUACUAGGCAGAAUGUAAGUUUAGAUGAGGGGACAUAUAUACCAGUACUUCAGGACGCCAGGUCAGUAAAUGAUUCAACAAAUAGAACAGAGAUUCACAUGGCCCAUUUAUCAAAAAGUAAGGAGGAAGAGGAAACAAACUUGAAAGGCUUGGUGAAUCAAACCAAGCAAAUAAUGGAGAAAUACAUAAGCACCACAAGGAUGUCUCUUAAUCCAUGCCAGAAGAAUGUUAUUGUUCAACAUGGUAAGCAAACGUCAAAGGAAUUCAGACUCCCACUAGAAGAAACGGAACUUGAAAAGGGUCUAAUUGCAAAUGACAGCUCAUCCCAGUCAUCCAAAAACAUGAAAUAUUUGACGCACAUAGACUACAAUAAAAAGCAGGAGAAAACCAUUAUUCAGUCUCCCUUAUCAGAUUUUCCUGUGAUGAACCAUGACAUCACUCAGAUGAAUAGCUCUACAUUGCCCAUUACAAAGAUAUCACCAUUUCCAUCAAUUAUACCUACAGAUUUGACCAAGAUCCCAUCUCAAGACAAUUCUUCUCAUUUUCUAGCCUACAGUUAUACUUUUAGGACAGAAAGUUCUAGGGCCCAAGAAAGAAGUCAUUUCUUACAAGGAGCAAAAAGAAAUAACCUUUCUUUAUCCAUCCUAUCUUUGGAGAUGAUCAGAGAUCAAAGAAAGGUUGGCUCCAUGAGGACAAGUGCCACAAACUCAGUCAUGUAUAAUGAGAGUAAUGUUCUCUUGAAACCAGUCUUGCCCAAAGUAUCUGGAAAAGUUGAAUUGCUUCUUAAACUUCCCAUUUAUCAGAAAGACCUUUUAACUAGAGAAACUAGUCGUGAUUCUCCUGGCCACCUUGAAGACAUGGAAAAUAUCCUUCUUCAGAAAACACCAAGACCUAUCAAAGGGAAUAAAACAAAUAGACCUGGAGAAGUUCCCUUUGUUAAAGUGGCAAUGGAAAGCUCUGAAAAGACUCCAUCCAAGCUGCCGGGUCCUACUCUUCAGUUAGAGCAAGAAGACAUUGACUAUGAUGAUACCAUCUCAUUUGUAACAAAGAGGGAAGAUUUUGACAUUUAUGGUGAGGAUGAAAACCAGGGCCCCCGCAGCUUUCAAAAGAAAACACGACAUUAUUUUAUUGCUGCAGUGGAGCGGCUCUGGGACUAUGGGAUGAGUAGAUCUUCUCAUGUUCUAAGAAACAGGGAUCAGAGUGGCAGUGUUCCUCAGUUCAAGAAGGUAGUUUUCCAGGAAUUUACUGAUGGCUCCUUUACUCAACCCUUAUACCGUGGAGAACUAAAUGAACACUUGGGACUCUUGGGGCCAUAUAUAAGAGCAGAAGUUGAAGACAAUAUUGUGGUAACUUUCAAAAACCAGGCCUCUCGUCCCUACUCCUUCUAUUCUAGCCUAAUUUCUUAUAAGGAAGAUCAAGGACAAGGAACAGAACCUAGAAAAAACUUUGUCAAGCCGAAUGAAACGAAAACUUACUUUUGGAAAGUACAAUAUCAUAUGGCACCCACUAAAGAUGAGUUUGACUGCAAAGCUUGGGCUUAUUUCUCUGAUGUUGAUCUGGAAAGAGAUGUGCACUCAGGCUUGAUUGGACCCCUUCUGAUUUGUCACACUAACACUCUGAACCCUGCUCAUGGAAGACAAGUGACAGUGCAGGAAUUUGCUCUGUUUUUCACUAUCUUUGAUGAGACCAAGAGCUGGUAUUUCCGAGAAAACAUGGAAAGGAACUGCAGGGCACCCUGCAAUAUCCAAAUGGAAGACCCAACUUUUAAAGAUAAUUAUCGUUUCCAUGCAAUCAAUGGCUAUGUGAUGGAUACACUACCUGGUUUAGUAAUGGCUCAAGAUCAAAGGAUUCGAUGGUAUCUGCUCAGCAUGGGCAGCAAUGAAAACAUCCAUUCUAUUCAUUUCAGUGGACAUGUGUUCACUGUACGAAAAAAAGAGGAGUAUAAAAUGGCAGUGUACAACCUCUAUCCAGGUGUUUUUGGGACACUAGAAAUGCUACCAUCCAAACCUGGAAUUUGGCGGAUACAAUGCCUUAUUGGAGAGCACCUAUAUGCAGGGAUGAGCACUCUUUUUCUGGUGUACAGCAAGCAGUGUCAGAUUCCCUUGGGAAUGGCUUCUGGACACAUUAGAGAUUUUCAGAUCACAGCUUCAGGACAAUAUGGACAGUGGGCCCCAAAGCUGGCCAGACUUCAUUAUUCUGGAUCAAUCAAUGCCUGGAGUACCAAGGAGCCCUUUUCAUGGAUCAAGGUAGAUCUGUUGGCACCAAUGAUUAUUCAUGGCAUCAAGACCCAGGGUGCCCGUCAGAAGUUCUCCAGCCUCUAUAUCUCUCAAUUUAUUAUCAUGUAUAGUCUUGAUGGGAAGAAAUGGAUGACUUAUCGAGGGAAUUCUACUGGCACCUUAAUGAGUAUUUUGAAGAACAAUGUGAAGUGCAACUUAGCUAGGAGCCAACUUCCUUUGCAAACCCUACAUCCUGAACCCGCCAAUAGUUGCCCAAACCAACCAAGCCUGGAGGGGCGGGACCGGGUUGCGAGAACUUCCGGACACGCCUACGUGGGCAAAGGUCCCGGCCACGCCGCCGCGGGCCGCGACGUGCCGUGCGUCACGCUGCAGCGGCCCGCAGCGGCCNAAGAUAUCUAG